AUGAGGAGCAAAACCUGUGUUGUUUUGACAACUGCACAUCUGAUUCGCACAAAGGAUUCUCCUGUCAAUGUGUGGUUAGGCGGAGAAGAGUAUACUUCCAAUGCUGAUGUCACUGUUCAUUUACUAGAUGGCACUAGUGAAAAGGGUCAGCUGCUGUACUACCAGACACACUAUGAUCUUGCUUUUGUGCGGGUUAAAGUGGACCAGCCUAUCCAGUUGCCGUCUUUCAGUGAAGAAGUGACAUUUGCUGAAGAAGUUCUUUGGCUAGGAAGAGACAAUAUGUUAGAUCUACGGAUAACUUAUGGUAGAGCUGCAUAUCAGAAUCCAGAUAUUGAUGAGCGGUAUCAUUACAUGUACUUUGAUUGUGCAGAUGAUGAUAACGACGACGAUGAGUAUGACAGCGGAGGGCUAGUCAUUAGCUUGGAUGGAAAAAUUGUUGGAAUGUUCAACAUUAGCUCGAGGGGGUCUUUCAAACCUUCUUCUAUUUUGCUCAGUUGUGUGAAUUUGUGGAAGAAAUAUGGGCGCAUCCCCCGGCCCCAACUUGGAAUGACGUUUGAGGCCAUCAAGCUUCUAGAGCCUGCUCAUGUUGACAAGAUAUGGCGCAUGUGCCACAUUGAUGAUGGUCUUGUUGUUCAAGAGGUCUUGAAAGGAUCUCCUGCUGAUAAAUUUGGAAUCGAAAGAGGUGAUAUUGUUGAGUGUUUCAAUGGAGAGCCCAUUUCUAAUACUGUUGAGUUGGAGAAUAGGUUGAUGAACACAUGCAAGGGCCUUUCAGACAAUUAUAAUGACCUUAUUGAAGUUCAUAUUUCUGUUGGGGUUUUUCACACGCUUAAAAAACAGCGAAGGAUUGGAGAGUUGACUGUAAGUGUAUCAGAUCUUGGAGAAGUUAUUGCAAGAGGUUCAAGAAAAAUCUCCUAA